AUGACUGCGCCGCUGCUGGCUUCGCUGCUGCUGUCGUCGCUCAAUAUUUUUGCCGAAGUGGCCACGCCGCAGACCGUGACGCUCAACAACGGCCUAGUAAUGCCCAAGCUCGCAUUCGCCGCCAACGUGUGGCCCGCAGCGACUUGCCGCAACGCCACUCACCUCGCCCUCGACGCUGGCUUUCGCUUCGUGUGGUCGUCGGCGCUGGUGCACUUGGAGUGCCAGCGGGCGCAGCGCGAGGCGAUUUCCGAGCACCCGACGGUACGGCGCGCCGACCUCUUUUUGGCGGGCACCGUCGAUACGCAGGGCUGCGCCACACUCGACGACUGCCGCUCGGCCACGCUGGCCGGGGCGCAUGCGCAAUUUCGGAUCCUCGGGCCCGAGCCGCUCGAGAUGCUCAUGCUCGACUAUCCGAGCUCGGCCGGCUGUGCCGGCAUCACCGGGCAGUGGCAGGCCUUGACCGCCCUGUACCGCGCCGGCAAGGUGCGCUCUGUGGCGGUGAGCAACUUUGCGGCUGCGCAGCUGUCGUGCCUCUUCUCUGCGGAGGGGGAGGGCGGCGCGGUGGUGCCGCCCGUGGCGAACCAGAUGCGGUUCUACGUCGGCCACACCGGGGUCGACCUCGGACUCAACGCGCGGCACGGCAUCGUCGUUCAGGCCUACAGCCCGCUCGGCAACGGCGCCCUGAUACCCGCUGCUCCUGCUGCCACCAAGCUGGAGCCUCCCCGAGCCUCUCAGCCUUCUACCGUAGGCGCCCUCGCAUCGGACCCGCUGCUCGCGGCGAUCGGCAGGGCGCACGGCAAGAGCGCGGCGCAGGUGGCGCUGCGCUACAUCCUGCAGAAGAACGUGACGGUCGCGACGCAGAGCACGUCGCAGGCCGCAGUGCACCUCGCCGAGGAUGCCGCCCUCUUCGGCUGGAGCCUCGGUGCGGCGGAGAUGGCGAGGCUGGACGUGUACCACCGCCGGGUGGAGAGGCUCGACGCGCUCCACGAGGCGACCGCCAGAGAGGAGGAGCCCGCCGGGGAGGAGGAGCCCGCCGGGGAGGUUGUGCCGCCGUCCUGCCCGCCCGGCACCGUGCCGUGGCCGGGCGAGGCGUGCGAACCCCUUCGACGCGCGGAGGCGUCCGCGCGCGCCUUUCUGCGCGCAAACAUGUUCCCCUUCGACGCGCCCAACGCGGCGACGCUCUUCGACGACUUCUCGGCGAGCACUUCGUCCGGCGUCGCGCAGGCGACCGCCUCGCUCGCCCUCUCUGCGCGCACGCGGUUCGGCUGGGCGGCGAGCGUGCCACGCCGCCUCUUCGAGGGGUACGUGCUGCCGUACGCAAGCGUGAACGAGGCGCGGACCGAUUGGCGGCAGCUGCUCUGGGAGGCGCUCACGCCGCAGCCGUGGGUGGAGGCGCUGCCGAACACGUCGUCGGUCGAGAGCGUGGCGGUCGCUGUGAACCGGAACCUGCGCGAGGCGAUCCGCUUCAAGUCGGACCAGACGCCGCUCGUCUACGACCCGCUCUCGACCAUCCUGUUUGGCUACGCGUCCUGCACCGGCGUCUCGAUCGCCUACGUCGACGCGCUACGCACGCUCGGCGUGCCGGCGCGGCUCGCAGGCACGCCCGCGUGGCACGGCAAGCCAGAGGCUGGCAACCACAACUGGGUGGAGGUGUGGCUCAACGCGACUGCUGGCUGGCGCUUCAUCGAGGCGGCGCCCGCCGGCGCGGGCGAGACCUUCUCCGACCCGUGCGACAAGUGGUUCUGCAACAAGGCGCACUUUGGGGGGGGCACGCGCGUGUUCGCCGCGGCGUUCCGGAGGGAGGAAUACGGCGAGGGGCGCGCGGCGACGCACUACCCGAUGGCGUGGGACCUCGACAACAAGGGCGUGGUGGGCGUCGACAGGUCCGAGUACUAUGCGAGCGUGUGCGGCGCGUGCGGAGGAGUCGAGGGUGCCGCGCGUUAA